AUGGGACAUGAGGAGCAUGGAGGGACUUGGCACAUGGACGCAGCUCAACUGGAUACGCAAAGGAAGAAGGGAGAAGCCAUCUUGAAGACCAGCUCGACCGUCUACUCGACCAACCGGUCGAGUUCCUCAACUCGACCGGCCAAGCUUCAACUCGAUCGAGCUGAGAAGUGUAUGCGAACUCGAUCGAGUCGGUCUACUGAAGACUUGGUCGAGCUAGACUUUACAACGGGUAGAAAGAGAGUUCAGAGGUCACAGAGGGUACAAGAGGAACCUGAGGUGCUUGUUGCUGAUACAAUGGAUGUACCAGAGGGGAAUGGAAACCCUUUGGGAAAUGGACUCGGUCGAGCUAGGCAAACUCGACCGAUUGGUCAAGGAGAUGCUCCAAACCGCCACCAACAGAGACAAGGGAUUGUUCCACCACCAGUGCAGAACCACAACUUUGAGAUCAAGCUGGGAAUGAUCAACCUUGUCCAGAACAAGAUGUUUGAUGAUAUGGAUUUGUGUGUGGAUGUGAAAAGAUAUGAAAUGAGAUGA